CCCUAUGGGGCUAGUGGGCGCCUGUGUGUGGGUUUGGGGACACAAGCGCUGUUUGGAGACAAGAGAGCAGAGUGGGGGAGAGAGUUGGCAUGGUUAUACCUAUGCUGUGCCCUAGCUGAGCGCUCUGCCCAGAGGAAACCAUAUAAGUACCCGAUGUGCCCAACCCCAAGGGGGCAAGAGAGGCAGUAGCAUGCUGGUACUGGGCUGGCACCGCUGACCAGGAGAAUAGGAACAUUAACCUGUGUGACCUGUGCCCUGGAGUAUUGCUAGUCCUAAAUCCAUGCACUACAGGGAGUAUCCAGGCGGCGCCCCUUGGGGUCUCUUACUGUCCCCCCCACUGUGAGGAACAGCAUCCCUCCUCGGCUUCCCAGGAAUCUCAGCAACAGCCGGAGAUCCUUCCCUCAUAAGCAGCCUGCAUCCCUCUCUACUGCUACUGGGAUCCGCUGCUCUCCGGGCUUGGGAGGCUUUCCCCGCCGCUAGCCCUGCCGCUGCCCCCCAGGCUUGGGGAAAGGGGGCCCUGUGUGUGCGGGAGAGACCGACAGGGUGCGGGAGAGACCGACAGGGUGCGGGACCCACAGGGCUGGGAGACACAGAGAGGGUGCGGGACCCACAGAGAGGGUGCGGGACCCACAGGGCUGGGAGACACAGAGAGGGUGCGGGACCCACAGGGCUGGGAGACACAGAGAGGGUGCGGGACCCACAGGGCUGGGAGACACAGAGAGGGUGCGGGACCCACCGGACCAGGCUGUGUUCAUGUUUGGGAUUCAGGAAAGCAUCCAGAGGAGCGGGACUAGCAUGAAGGAGGAGCCCCUGAGCGGCGGGAUGAACGCAGUCCGGACUUGGAUGCAAGGAGCCGGGGUGCUGGAUGCAAACACGGCCGCUCAGAGUGGUGUGGGUUUAGCCCGGGCACACUUUGAGAAGCAGCCGCCGUCCAACCUCCGAAAGUCCAACUUCUUCCACUUUGUCCUGGCCCUGUAUGACCGGCAAGGGCAGCCGGUGGAGAUUGAGAGGACGGCUUUUGUGGGCUUCGUAGAGAAAGACAAGGAAACCAGCAGUGAAAAGACUAAUAAUGGGAUCCAUUACCGCUUGCAGCUUCUCUAUAGCAAUGGGAUAAGGACAGAACAGGAUUUCUAUGUUCGCUUGAUUGACUCCAUGACAAAGCAGCCUAUUGUAUAUGAAGGACAAGACAAGAAUCCCGAAAUGUGCAGAGUUUUGCUCACCCACGAAAUCAUGUGCAGUCGCUGCUGUGACAAGAAAAGCUGUGGGAACAGGAAUGAAACCCCCUCUGAUCCAGUGAUCAUCGACAGGUUCUUCCUGAAAUUCUUUCUGAAGUGUAACCAAAACUGUUUGAAGAAUGCUGGCAACCCACGGGACAUGCGCAGGUUUCAAGUCGUCGUAUCCACAACCAUUAACGUCGAUGGGCACGUGCUGGCAGUGUCAGAUAAUAUGUUUGUCCACAACAACUCAAAGCAUGGAAGGAGGGCGCGCCGGCUAGAUCCUUCAGAUGGGACCCCUUCGUACCUAGAACAUGCAGCUACACCAUGUAUCAAAGCCAUCAGUCCGAGUGAAGGAUGGACCACAGGAGGCGCCACUGUCAUUGUCAUAGGAGACAAUUUCUUUGAUGGGUUACAAGUCAUAUUUGGCACUAUGCUGGUGUGGAGCGAGUUAAUCACACCGCACGCUAUCCGCGUUCAGACACCUCCCCGACACAUCCCCGGCGUUGUGGAAGUAACAUUGUCUUACAAAUCCAAGCAGUUCUGCAAAGGGACACCUGGAAGGUUCAUAUACACAGCCUUAAAUGAGCCAACCAUUGACUAUGGGUUCCAGAGGCUGCAAAAAGUCAUCCCAAGGCACCCAGGAGACCCAGAGAGGCUACCCAAGGAGGUGAUUCUAAAGCGUGCCGCAGACCUAGUGGAAGCCCUGUACGGAAUGCCACACAACAAUCAGGAAAUAAUACUGAAGCGAGCAGCGGAUAUUGCCGAAGCCUUGUAUAGCGUCCCACGGAACCAUAGCCAGCUUCCUGCCCUCACAAACUCUUCAGUGCACCCAGGCAUGAUGGGUGUCAAUUCGUUCAGCGGACAGUUAGCGGUAAAUGUAUCGGAGCCAUCACAAGUCACCAACCAGGGUUUCUCUCGCAACACAAGCAGCGUAUCCCCUCACAGUUAUGCGCCAAGCACCACACCUCAACAGACCAACUAUAGCUCAGUUACCACCAGCAUGAACGGCUAUGGGAAUACAGCCAUGUCCAACCUUGCCGGAUCCCCCAGCUUCCUCAACGGCUCAGCUGCCAACUCCCCCUAUGCCAUAGUCCCAUCAAGUCCAACCAUGGCAUCCUCCACCAGCCUUCCCUCCAACUGCAGCAGUUCCUCUGGCAUUUUCUCCUUCUCUCCAGCCAAUAUGGUUUCAGCUGUCAAACAGAAGAGCGCCUUUGCCCCAGUGGUUAGACCACAGGCGUCCCCACCCCCAACCUGCAGCAGCUCCAGUGCCACCAGCCUGCAAGACCAGUCAUUUGUCGACAGUGGCAAGUUCCUCAGUGCAGGCUCUCUGCAGGGCUUGGCCUUCUCCUGAACUAUCUCUGGAAUGAUUGCACCUCCCAUGUGAAAAAUCAACCAUGCAUCUCACCUGGGGGUCUAUUACUGGAGGAACAUGCCUCUUACCUUUGGGAAGAUCUCUUUUUCUCUCUCUUUCUCUCUGCCCUAGAGCAACUUUUACUCAGGCCUCAGGAACCAAGAACUGCUGAUUUAGACAGUAGCAAUUGAUUAGCAAAAUACAAAAUAAACAAAAAAAAAAAAAGAAAGAAAAAUGCGUUAAAAGGUAACAUUUGGGCUACUAACUUGUGACAGAAUAUUCUUCUGGUUAUUGGACAAGAUCACUUGCAAGUGAGGAGAUAGUUUGAACAUUUCCAUAACAAUGAUUCACUCAGCCAGGAACUUGGAUGAAGAAUUCAGCAUCCUGGCCACACACACAAGUGGCACCAUGUCCGGUCACAGGAUGGCUCAUUGUUGAUAUGGCAAGUUCCCUCAGUAGAAUGGGAUGCCAAGCAGAAGCCAACUCUAGCCUUGUGAGAACAAACCAACUUUUUUUUUUUUUUUUGCAAUGUGUUUUGUAAUAUUACUUUGAAGUGAUCAAAAAUUUUCUAAGAUGCUGAUGACUGAGAUGGAGGAUCUGCGAUGGGUUUGGGACCAGGUAUCCUACACCAUGGCAGGACAUGACUUCCUCCUGCUUAUCUGUAUGCAAAGGUUAUGUGCCAUAAUCAAACCUUUGCCUCUGGAACUAAAGUCUAAAUCACCUUUCUGUACAUGUUUUUUCCUUGCAUAUCCAUAGUUUCCCUUUUUCCUCACAUUUUCUACAGGGGCGUUACCACAACCGGGGGUAACAAAUUCCAGAGCCAAAGUCAACACCAUAAGUCACUGCGCUUUUUCUCUCCUUAUUCUCUUGCUUGACCUAUCGCUUCUUCCCAGCUCCUCUCUUUGCACCACUACUUUAGCAUUCCAUCCUUCUUCCUGUUCCCUGCAACUCACUGUAAGUGCAAUUGGCUUAAACAACAUUAGCUGGUUAUUUUUUUUUGUUUGGUUUUGAAUUUAAGAUAAUGACAAAGGUAGUCACAGCUAUUUGGCUUUGGGAAUGAAAAAAAGCACAACAUUUGAUAAUGGAAGACUGUACGCCUAGUAAUAUUGAGGAAACAACUUUUUCUUUGCUCAAGGGUCAUUUUGGCUGGUGGCUUUUUGCCCAAGGGUGUAUUCUUGGCUACAGAAUGACUUGGAAAGGAAAACUACUAAUUUCUUUGCUUCCCAAAGCUACUCCUGAUUGAAAGAAGAUAUUCUCUCUAUUUAUUUCCCAUCCUAAAGCUACUCCUGAUUGGAGGGAGGUAACUCUAGCUUACACAGUUUUGAUUUUCAGAUGAAUUCAUUAGGGUUCUUUCAGGGCUUAAAUGGGCCAAAAAAUACAUUAUUUUCAAAAUCUACACCACAAAUAGUGACUCAAUUUCUUUUCUAUUUUUUAAUAAUACAGUUUUUCUAAAAAAUGAUUUUGUUUCUACUGAUCAUGCUCCCCAAUCUGAAGUCUGUUACAAUGUAACUCUUGCAAUUGAGGUGCUGCUGAGACUUCAUGGAUACUCUCUGUCUCCAUGGAGUCUCCUUUUGGAUCUGUAUCUUUAUUCCAGCCAAAAUUACUAUGACUAUUUCACUAUGUCAUAUGUUCACAUGGUGUUAACAUUACUCCAAGUCACACAACAAAAUGUAUGUAGCCUGUAUCCUCCCCAUGGAUCCACCAUGCCUAUUCCUACAACCAGGGUCACAGGAUGGUGGAAAUCCCUUGUGUGAAGUUGGGUGGGGAAAUCACAAAUCCUUACUGGGCUCAUCUGGCACCCUGGGUCCCCAUCAGCCUCCUUGGGGUCUCUUGCCCUGCAGUUAAAGCACUAGAACAGAAAAUAAAAACAGCCCAUGGCACAAAGGUCGUACAGACCCCUCCAGCAAAAAAAAGACUAAUGGACAUUCUAUUUUCCACACCCAAAUCUGUUAUCACCUUCGCUGUCGUACUCUCUCUCUCUCUCUCUCUAGUUAUAAAUAAUGUAGAAUAUUUUGUGACUUUUUUUUUGCCAAAGUUGUUUUAUUUAUACAGAAAAAAACCCCUUCCAACUUGUGUUUCUGCCAGUAGUAAGCAAGUGUAGAGCCGUGACACUGCCUUCCGCGUCACAGCGAGCAAACAAACAAAGGGACAGAAUGCCGACGUUCUCGUUUUUAAUAAGGGAUUUUGUAAAAUAUCCAUAUAAAUAAUGUAUUUAUUUCUGGAAUUUGUACAGCCCUUGACCAAUUUAUUUUAUUGUGUACGUUACAAUGUGAAAAGUGCCGAGUUUGUUCUAAUUUUCCUGUUGUUAAUGUCAUGCUUGAUGAACAAAAAAAGCUUCUUUUUCUUUCUUUUUUUUCUAUUUUAAUUUGUCCUUUUUCACACAACAUUGAAACAAAUUUCCAUUUCUUUUUUUAUGCCACCUGAAAUGACUUUUGUCUUUUUAUUCCAUUACUUGAAACACUUUUUGGUUAUGUUUUUUUUGUCUUCCACUUGGUGCAUUCACUUUUGACCAUGAAUCUCAACCUCUGCCCCAAAGAGACCUGUAACCCUCUGAAUUGAAUUUUAGAUGGUGUGGUUUGCAGAUAUUACCAGCCAAAAACACACACACAUAAAGGUCCCAUCAUCCUUUAACCCUUGGUAAUAUCUUGUAGAUCCUGGUAAUAUCUUGUAUAUAUAGGUACUUAUAAUGUACCUAUGCUCUAUUCUGAGCCGGAGCCAGUCUUUCUGGUCUACCCUCUUCGGAGUGGCCAUUGUUUGAGUUCUGGAUUCUCUGCACCCCCAUUAAUAAGUUGUUCUAGCCCAGUUUUGCUGCCCACCAAGCUAAUGGAUUAAUAUAGAGCGUUGGGCUAAAUAAUUUCCUGUGGUUAAGACCAGAGCUGUGACUUUUCCUUUUUUCCAAUCUUGUGCAGCGUAAUGAGGGACCCAGAUCUAAAAAAUACAGCAUUGUUUCAAUAUAUUUCCAUAUUUCAUCCAAUCGACAGUGAAAUUAAUUGAGCAAUUCUGUGUUAUAUUGAUCAACGCUGCAGAAUAGCUGUGAAUUCAACAAAGAAACAAAGAGAAUUUAUAAAGCAGGGACCAAUUCUUUUUUUAAUUAGUGCAAAAAGUCAUACAAUGAACAGGAAGUGAACUCUUACCAGCAAGCAAGAAGAUACAGGAAGUGAUCUCUUCGCAGCAAGCAGAGAAACAGGAAGCGAUCUCCUCUUGCAGGCAGGAAGAAAGAAAGUGAAUCCCGGCAGUGAGCAGACAAAGAAAAAAACAGAAUACAAUACUCUUUCUCUGCCCUUGAUUUAAACCAAUGGUAUGCGAUGUAUGGGUUCCAACUUCUGCCCCAUAAACAAGCAAAUAAAAGACUUUUAUAAACAAUACACGCACCAAAAAUUUGUAUGGUUGGUACGUGUGUGCAGGCUGGACGAGCCUGACAAGUAUCUAUUUUCCAUAGAUAUUGGUUUGUGAUCGGAUGUUUAAAAAUGUCAUAAGCCAAUGUGCCAUGUUAACCAGUAUAUAGUGCAUUGUUGGCCCCAAAGAAUGGAACAAUAGAAAGGCGGCCUCAAUGGGUAUGGCAACUUGAAGAGUAUGUGCCAGAGUAUGGCUGCUUUUAGCUACAGUAAAUAUUUGUCUUGGGGCCAAAUAAGAAUGCCAUUAGUAAAACUGAUGAUUCCAAUUUAACCUGAUAUCAUAAAUACUGUGUCUUUUCUAUACAGAUAUCUCCAUGAAAUUGAAAACUGUGGCCAUAUGAUAGGUCUGUUUAUAGACAUGCAUUCCAGGGCUACCAAACAUAGAGGCCACAGAGGGAGCCGGUUGAUAAUACAGUGGACAAAACAAGUCUUCCAUCUCCAAGACUAAAUUGUGCAGGGUCAUGCCCAAAGAAACUUCAUAUUGUUUUUUUCAGUUCAUAGUAGGCACCAAGGCCCUUCUGUCUAUAGUGAAACAAAAGUGAAUGCACCAAACUUAGGGUACUUUUACCAGAUGGCUCACAAGGGCUGAAUGGGGUGGGUCAUUGCCACAAAUGCAUGUUUCAUAGAAUGUGGAUGAGGGUAUUUUUAUAGACCAGUGAACAUACUUUCGUUUUCCGUUCCCCUCAAACUUUGCCGACUCCUUCCCUCCAAUAGAAACCAGCAGAUUGAAUGCCUUAACAAUGCAAGUCAUUCUCACCCACGCGUAUGUGACCCUCUGCCUCUUGCCGCAUCCAGACGAGAAAAGCAGAAAAGCACAAGAGAAUGAUGUGUUCAUAUUUAAAUGUCGAGGUACCCCCCCCACACACGGUUUUUUGUUACAAACCCAAUGUCUCAGGCAUGAAUAGGGUGAAUUUUUCUCUGCGUGUAAUUUGUGUUAAUGGAGGAAAACUGGAAAUGUGACACUUCAUUGGUAUGAAUCAAAAUGGCAGCACCUUGUGGUUAUAAGGAAGGGCGGAGAGAGCCGCAGUUGGAGACGGGGUUCCCUUGGCUAGAAAAUGCCUUGAUAAAAAUACAAGCUGAGAUACCCUGGGAUACUCUAACUUUAGCAGUGAAUCAUGUUCCACCUUCCCAAAGGUGGUUUUGUGGCCAUUUAAUUUCCAGAAUCCUCUAGGAAUCAAUAGAAUUCAUGGCAGGCAGAAAGAACGGCACCUGGUUGCACCUGUAUAGCUGCCACGAGGUACGGGGUGCAGCCAGACCCCCAAAGCAAGUCCUAUUGUGCCACUUAGUGCGCUGGCACUUGUGCCUGGGAUCUUAAUAACUGGCCUCUCUUUUGUCUCCGAUCAAAAUGGCAUUUGCAAAGGGUUAUGAAACAAUUGCCAAGGGCCAAAGAACAACAAAAAAAAGACUCCAGUUGUACAUUUUAUAGGUCAUAAGAUUUCUACCUUCUUACUUUACUUGGAAAUAGUCUUGGGGCCAGAGUUCAAAUGUAGGAAAGGAAGUUUCACCAUCAGCAUAGAAAAUGGGUUCUUUACUGUAAGGGCAGCCAAGAUUCUGGAGAUUAUCAGUAGAGUACAAUAAGGAACAACCUUAAGCACAUUGUAAACCUAAGAAUUAAUCAAUGAAUAAUUUGUGCUUUUUGCCAAGGGUAUUUUCUGGCUAACAGUGUAACUGCCCCCUAGCAACAAUACUUCUCUGUUCUUGCCUUAACAUCAGCCCUGGACACUUCAUUAUGUUUUGUCUUCCUCAUCCACAGUCCUUUGUGUUGUUUAUUCUCUGCCGGCUUUGAGGUCAGGCCACUGAAAUCUACAAGGAAAGUACUUAAGCUCAGGAGAAGGUUUAUCCUAAACCCUGCCUACGAGGAACCUUGCUCCACCCAAUACUCACGCCUCUCUGUCUCUUACCAUAUCCUGUGGUUCCAAAGACAUUCCAGUGCACGGGAGCAGUGUUUAUGGGACUGCCCAAAAUACAUUAAAGGGACUCAUUGUUGAUGUCAAAAAUCCUGUGUGGCUGAGUUCAGGGUCCUCUUUCCUCAUGCGUCCUAAAAGCAACAAGCUGAGACCUUUGCAUUUUAUUGUAUGUAUGAAUUUCACCUUUUAAAUAGGAGCACUGUACAGUUCUAAUGAACUCAUAGAGACUCUUCUAAUUUUUUUGCUAAAGAUUCAACCUGUAAAAGAAAAAACCUUUUGGACUUCCACAAUAUUUAAUUAAAGUUCCUUCCUGUCUGUG